GAAUUUAUUGAAUAAAUAAGAGAAUCUACUGUGAAAGCCGAAGAAAAGCUGAAAAUGGCAGUUAGUCGCGUCCUUUGAAGUACGUUCCCAGUGUUCUCUUUUUUCGCUGAAUUGGAUCGGCCAAAUGCAGACGGAGAAGCGCUCGGUUAUUGAAGUGAAAAGCCUCAUGUUCUCUCCUGGUCAAGAAGAGCACUGUGUAUCAACCAAAGAACCCGUAAAAUACGGAGAAUUAGUGGUGCUGGGGUACAAUGGUUCGCUCCCUAAUGGAGAUAAAGGAAGGAGGAAGAGCAGAUUUGCCUUGUAUAAGAGAGCCAAGGCCAAUGGCGUGAAACCCAGCACUGUUCACAUCCUCAACUCACCACAAGCCAGCAAGGCUGUGAACUGUAAGGGCCAGCAUAGCAUCUCCUACACCCUGUCACGGAAUCAGACGGUAGUGGUGGAAUACAGCCAUGAUAAAGACACGGACAUGUUCCAGAUCGGUCGUUCUACAGAAAGCCCUAUUGACUUUGUGGUUACUGACACUGUGUCGGGAGGUGGCGAGAGCGAGGACACGCCCAUCACUCAGAGCACCAUCUCCCGUUUUGCCUGUCGGGUAGUCUGUGAACGCAACCCCCCCUACACAGCGCGCAUCUACGCUGCAGGCUUUGACUCCUCCAAAAACAUCUUUCUGGGGGAAAAAGCUGCCAAAUGGAAGAAUCCUGACGGUCACAUGGAUGGGCUGACAACCAAUGGCGUGCUCGUAAUGCACCCGCGGGGCGGGUUUACGGAAGAGUCCAAGCCCGGUGUCUGGAGGGAGAUCUCUGUGUGUGGGGAUGUCUACACGCUGAGAGAGACUCGGUCUGCUCAAACACGAGGCAAACUGGUGGAGAGUGAGAGCAACGUGCUGCAGGACGGUUCUCUGGUGGACCUGUGUGGUGCCACUCUGCUCUGGCGCACCGCCGACGGCCUCUUCCACACCCCCACCCAAAAACACCUGGAGGCCCUGCGACAGGAGCUCAAUGCCGCCCGCCCCCAGUGCCCCGUGGGCCUCAACACCCUGGCCUUUCCCAGCAUGCAACGCUGCAGCCGCGCCCUGAGCAGCAUGCCCGCCCAGGAGGACAAGCAGCCUUGGGUGUACCUGGCGUGCGGCCACGUGCACGGCUACCACGACUGGGGGCACCGUUCCGAACGAGACCCCAACGCCCAGAGAGAAUGCCCCAUGUGCCGUGCCGUGGGGCCUUACGUGCCACUUUGGCUGGGCUGCGAACCCGCCUUCUACGUAGACACUGGCGCCCCCACCCACGCCUUCGUUCCCUGCGGCCACGUGUGUUCGGAGAAGUCGGCCCGCUACUGGGCGGAAAUCCCGCUGCCUCACGGUACCCACGCGUUCCACGCCGCGUGCCCGUUCUGUGCCACCCAGCUCAGUGUAACACAAGGCUGUGCCAAGCUUAUUUUCCAAGGACCCAUAGACUGAGAGAGAAGAGCAGACGGGGAAGAAGAAUGGAGAUGGACAGAAAACAGACAAGAGAGGGUCGAAUGGAUUAUAUCAAAAGAGAGGAGGGGAUGGAGGAUGCUUGUGAAGGAGGAGAAAUAACAUUCGUCUCAGGCUGUGAAGCUGUGUGCCUGACAGAGGCGUGUCACAGAGCUGAGCCUGUUCUGGUUUUUUCUCUCCUCGUUACGUUAACCGUGAGGUCGCCUUCGAAAUCGACGGCUGGUCAUUUUAUUCUCAAACACGGAAUCCGUUUUCUUUUUCUCCUUUGGGUGAUUUGACAAAUCUGUCUUAAAUGAUCUUGGAUUAUAAGCAUUGCUGAGAUUAAAGAGAGACUGAAGAUUUCAUCUAUGUGACAAGAUCCACCGAACCAUCUUCCGAUACUGACUAAGAUCCAUAACCAUCAACUAUACUGUAAUGUGGGACAUUUCCAUGGCUUCCAGACCGGUUUUGUCCAUCCCUGGUGCUAGCCUCAGCUUCCCUCAGUUAAGCUUCAGACAGCACUCCAGAUCAUGCACAUAGUGGUUGAAUUUAGUACCAGUUUGUGAUAUAUAUGUAAGCUUCAAGGGCUGAAAUAACAGAAAUUUGUUUACAAAGAGGAGCGCAAUAUUCCAUUGAUCACCCGUACUGUGUCUGUAGAAUUAUUGUCUGAAUUUCUUUGGGAGCCACUCAG